AUGCAUGCUAUAUUUCACCACCGUGGAAGUAAGUCCGAUAAAAAAGGACCAAAGAAGGAAAUAAAGACCCAAUUUUCAACGAUCGACACACCUGAUAUUACAACUAAGGGUGGACUUAUCUCGAGAAAUUUGGGGGAGUACACUCUCGCGCGCACAAACUCUCGUAAUGGUGCGUUGUGGAUGGACCUCAAAGAGGACGACUUCUUCUUGAGUGCUACAAUUUGUGCGAGUGUUAUUACCAAUGGUGGGUUUGCGAUAGUGAUCCAAUCCGAGGGGAGGGAUGCGCUCGGUACUGAUGGUAAAGGGAAGGGUGCUGCCGGCAUUAAAAACGCGAUAGCAGUAUCCUUUCGGUUUCAACUUUCACUUCCAAGUAUCUUUUCCUAUCCGAGUUAUUGUGUAUACGUCUCAGAUGGUUCCAAAGGGGUAUUGGAUGUCAGACCGACCAACGGGACAAACAUAGCGAAGCUACCUGUCCUUCUGUUGUAUAAAGUCAAAGUAAAAGUUGAAGACCGAAGACUCACAUGCAUAGUGGAUGGCGAAGAGUUGAUCAAUUGCGUUAUUAAGAAAGACUCCUGGGGUGCGUUGGGUGCACAUAAAUAUAUUGGAGUGACUUUUGGAACGGACAAUCAUGCUCCAAUGUUCUCUGUGCGCGAUUUGCAGUUAUUGUAUUGUGACUGUCCCGAAAUGAAAUCGAUUCGACGACUCGCACAAUUCAUUAAACCACGCACGUCUCUUGUUGGAAACUGUAAAGAGUGUGCUGAAGGACUUUCACUGAUUGAAAAGGCGAGUGAUACUUCAGCCGUUUGGUUUUCCAUAUUACCGAAGAAAGGAGUGAUGUUCAAAUUCACGAUAUGUCAAGAGGCUGUAGUGUACGAAGGGUUUUCAGUAGUUCUCCAGAACUCUGGGGAAGAAGCAUUGGGUAAGAGUUAUGAUGGACUUGGGUAUGAAGGCAUCAAGAAUGGCACAGCUGUCGAAUUUAGUUUUAAAAGUAGUCCAACGAAGGACGACCCGAGCUUUGGGCAUAUUGGUGUAAUGCUCACCGAGGGACAAAAAGGGAUAUCCAGUAACCACAAAGAUGGGUGUGGAAUAACAGAGAAUAUACCAAAGGAAUUGGUUAAAGGAGAACGGUGUGAUAUUUCAGUCUUUUUUGGGACGGACUGUGUGGUGUGUUGGGUGAACAAAGAGGUGAUCUUAAGAACUAAAAAUGUUCGAAACAUUUUUGGGAAGAAGAUGUGGGUUGGUCUCACUGCUUCGACGUCUGUCAAUGUGAGGUGUGUUGUAUCUAAUAUUAUGAUAUGGGACAUCGAUUAA